UAUAAAGAACAAACCUCUUAUUACACGUGUACUGUAAAGAGGUUAUAAAUAUGUAUAAGUGACUGAAGUUGUGCGACAAUUGUACGAUAAUAUAGCACGAAAAGAGGUUAAAAUGGGUUACGUACAGGAUACUUAAAUAGAAGAAAGUUUAAACAAAGAAACUAGAUAGAUAACUCUGAAGUUCUAAUGUUAAAAUACCUGCCUGCCAAAAAUAAGAUAGAUUGAAGGCACUCCAAUAAAUAAAAUAUAAGAUGGCAUCGAUAACUGAGUUAGUGAACUCCUUCGACGUGGAUUCGGAAGAACUUGAAUGGUUGAUACAAGAGAUAAUGGUCAAUAAUGACGUGCCAUUUUACAAAGACGAGGUUGACAGAUUGCAAAAUAUUAUCAUAGCAAAUAUUAAUUCUCGUAUAAAUCAAGAGAAUACUCGAUAUCAUGGUUUACGUAUGUUGGAUAGAAUUUUGCAUAGAUGCUCCAAAGAUUUAUUUUCAAAGUAUGGUUUAUUGUGGAUAGCCAAAGCUACUCAAAUACUAGAAAAUGCACGGAGUAAUACACAAGAAAUAACACUAGCGUGCAAAGUAUUGGGAUCUUUAAUCGAACACUGUAAAGAAAUCACAGAUUUACACAAACAGAUCUCUAUGCAAAAUGUAAAACAACUCUUAAAUGUACUUGAUGCGUUGAAAACAGAUGCAAAGUGUGGAGCAGUGUAUUAUUUGACAGCCGUUUUGCUAUAUCAUUAUCCUCAAGUUUGCGAACGAUUUCAGGAAUUGAUAAAAAAAAUGAUACUAUUGCAAAUUGAUUCUACACAAGAAAAUUUGGUUAACGCAAGUGCAAAAUGUUAUGUUCUCUUGUCAAAAGCAACAGAGCGUUCGUUUAACCCACCGCCAACUAAAUCCACAUAUACUGCAUGGCUGUAUAAUGAAGCAUUACUUUGCAACAACUUGCACACUAUAAUGGAUACAUUGUUCUCUGAAUUACUAGAAUUGGAAAGUGUGGUUGUCUGGGAUCAGUUAGCAUUACCAACCAUACUUGAACAGGACAAUACAAUACAGUACUAUAAUAAACAAAAGCAAAGAUUUUCAAAUCUGUGCACUUAUCUUUCCUCAAUGUUGCGUGGAUAUGAAGCAAAAAAUACCGUUUUACCUGAUGCUAUUAUACGGGUUUUAUGCAGAGGAUUGGCAAUAACGCCAUUAAAUAUAAAAAAUAAAACAUUUAAGGGACAAAUGUUAUAUAUGAUCUUGCCAAAAAUGCAUAUUAGCUUACUCACAGUUUUGGAUGCAUUUAUAAAUGGAUUUGCACAGGAGUUGAUACCGUUUGGAGGAACAAUAUUAAGUUUAUUCCAGCAAACAUUGCAGUGGACUAGCACUAUUUUAGAAAAUCAAAUAACAUUUGGUAAUAGUAAACCUUUCAAAAAUGUUAAAAUAUGUCUUUAUAAAUGUCUCUCUUCGUGGUUGAAGAAUACCAAAUCAUUGUCAGGUAUAGAGACAAUUACGAAUAAAGAUAUCACCUUCAUAUUAAAAGAUAUAACACCAGAAGAAGAUCGUAUAUUAUUAUCUGUGCAACAAAACACACAGCAUUUGUCUAAACGAGCAACAAAACGUUUGAAAAACAGUCAAUAUGAAAACAGUUCAGUCUUGAAUAAUGGAGAAGCUGUAACUAAAAAUGAACAUUUAGAUGCAGAUGUAUGCAGAGAAGCUGCUAUUGUUUUACAGAACAUACUUUUCAGUGGUAGCGUUCUGCUAAAACUGACAUUUUAUAAGAAUGUUCAAAAUACCAUUAUACCUUUAUUAUACAAUCAUUAUUUGGGUUCCUCUGGACAAAAUUUUUAUAAACAACACAACAAAUGUCGCUUGGAGCUAUUCAAAGUAUUAAAGGCUUUACAAAUGAACCCACAGGCUACAUUAGCGUUUCCUACACAAUAUUCUUUAGAAAUAUCACACAUGGCAGCUAAUGAUAUUGAUUUAAAUAUCGCUUAUGAAGCUAAACUUACAUUAGCCGAAUUGGAAAAAAUUAUACAUCCUGUUGCACCUACGUUACAAUUACCUCGACAGCAAAAACCUGAUGAUCAAUUUGUUUCUGAAAAACAAGAAGAAGAAGUUGCUACUAUUAGCGAAUUGGAUAAAAAAAGUAGGGUUGAAGAAGAACUUUCUCAAGAUACAAAUAUAAUGUCUACAUGCAAACGGCCAAAAAUAAUUUCAAUAGAACGUGUUAAAAUAAUGGAGAAUGCAAGCAGUACAGAACAAAAUUGUUUGGAAAGAAUAGAAGCAAAUAAUAGUGUAAUGGAUGUAGAUAAAUCUCAGGUAGAUAAGAAUUCGUUCCAAAAUGUUUAAAAUGACAUUUUUUUAAGCAUGUGAUAUUCAUUAACUCUUCGAUACACAAUUUUUCUUGCUCUUGUGAUACAUUUUUAUCUUUGUACUUUUCAAAAUUUUUGAAAUGUCAUUUCUUUUCCAAAAUUUUUGAAAAGGAAAAGAUAAAAAUGUAUCACAAGAAUAAGAAAUUGCAUAAGAAAGAAAGUUAGUGUUGUGUAGUUGAAGAAUUAAUGAAUAUCAAAAAUCACAUUUACGUCGAAAAUUUGUUAUGUCAUGAUACGCGAAAUGCAAAUGUUAGAUAUAAAUUUAGAGCAGAUUUGGUGCCUAAAUAUUGAUAAUAAAUCUGACACAUAGUAUUGCGAUCAACAUCGCAUUGGUAUUAGAAUUUUAAUAAUGCCCCAACAUUGUGUAGUAAUAAAGAAUUCUAAAUUUUGUA